UUUGUACAAGAGAAGCGUCCAAGGAGAGUAAACGCCGUGACCGUGUGUGUUUUCCCUACCAAAAAAAUUUGAUCGCCAAUAAAAAUACAAAUCUAUGCAUUUGUAUAACAAAUAAACAAUUGCGCCGUACGUUAUCAAAUCGCAAUCAGUGUCGUGCAAUUGAGUUACCAUUAACAACACAAAAAAUUAAGCAUAAUGUGAAACAUUUUAAAAUGAAAGUUUUUCGCCUUCUAAAAGAGUAGAGAGAAAAAAAUUUUGCAAGCGCUCGCUGUGUGUGCUGAAGGUGAAAAUGAAAAUGCCAAUACAACAAAACAAAAAUAUAAAAAACGAAAACCACAAAAAACAUGCAAUAUUAGCCGAAAUAUAAACGAAACGCCGUGCAGAAUAAGAAGAUAAAAAGCAAAAAAAAAAACAAAGACCAACAAUAAUUUUCACCAUACGAAAGCGAAACUAUUUUGUGCACAAAAAGUAACUUGUGUGUUUGCAACAGUGUGUGUGACUGUGUGCCCAGCGUCGUGUCUGUGUGAGUGUUCGUAAUAGUGUUAGUGGAAAGGUGUGUGUGUGUGCAGCCAAUUUGGCGUUGUUUUUAUGUUGCUUCUUCCCUACUAGGGAAUGAAUGCAAAUAAUGCAAUGGUAUCGAAAUCCUGCAAUAUAUAUUCAAAAUCAUCAUCGACGUCACAAUAAUAAUGUUCAUCAAGGGCAGCAGCUGCUGCUAAAAUUCACGCGCUAAAAUUAGCUUGCAACGCCCACGUUGAACGUUCAAAAAGUUUCCCACACAAACAAUUUGUGACAAACACUCUCGAAAAUAUGGAUAUGGAAUUGGAGAAUCUUAAGAAUGACUUUUUGCCACUAAUCGCGGGCAUUAAGCAGGAACAAUUGGAUUCGGUGGCAUCGGAUGUGUCCGUCUUGCCACAAAAUCAUUUACCGAGCACAGCGGCAACUACAUCCACAUCCACAUCCUCCUCAUCGUCAUCGUCGGUUGGCAAUCCAUGCGACAGCGCUGAGAAGCGGUCGGAAUCAAAUUCAUCAGCAUCCGCCAAGUUUACGCUCUUCAAGUGCGUCUACUGCGCCCAAGUGCUGGGCAUUAAUGAUCGUCCCAAGUUGCUCGAAUGCCUCCACGUGGCCUGUGGCCAGUGUGUGAACACCAAGUUCUCAGAGCUGGAUCGCUCGCUGCCACCGCUCAUUCAUUGUCCGGUCUGCGACAAUGCCUCACAGAACGAAUACAUUAUUGAGAAUCAGUUCCUCAUCGAGCAAUGCGCCGCCGGCGACAAUGGCGAUGGCAACGGCUCCAGCGAUGGCCUCAAGAGUUCGCUGACAGCCAACAUACAGUGCAGCAGCUGCUCCGAUGGUGCGGUGGCCACAUCGUGGUGUGUGGACUGCUCGGAGUACAUUUGCGACAAUUGUGUGCAGGCGCAUCAGCGACUCAAGAUCACCAAGGAUCACACGAUCAAGCCAAAGGAUGAGGCCAACAAUGAGCAGCUGGUGGGCACCGGUGGCAUCGAUAAGCUUCACAUGUGCCAGCUGCACACACAGGAGAAGCUGUCGUUGUUUUGCGAGACGUGCGACAAGUUGACUUGUCGCGAUUGCCAGCUGAGCGAUCAUCGGGAUCACAAGUAUAAGUUUGCACACGAGAUUGCCACAGAGUCGCGACAAGCGUUGUCUACGCUCGUCUCCGAAAUAAACUAUAAGCGUUUCUUGCUGUCAUCGGCGACCAAAGUGAUCGAUGAUCGCCAGCAGCUGAUACAUGACAAAAAGAAGGAUCUAAUCAAAGAGAUCACCGCCAUGGUGGUCAAAAUAACCAACACGGUGAAUAUGCGUGGCAAGCAGCUUGUGAUGCGCCUGAAUGAGGUCUGUGACAGCAAACUGAAAGUGCUGGUCGAGAAGAAGGAGACGCUGCAGCUGCUGUCGGAUAACACAGAUCAUUGCAUCGAAUUUAUGCAGAAUGCCCUUGAGAAGGGCAGCGAUUUUGCCAUAUUAUCGAGCAAAAAGUCCCUUGUGCGUCAUCUGCAAAAACUCAAAUGCCAACGCGCUGACAUCCCAAAUCCCGAGAUUCCUGUGCGCAUUCAGGUGCAGCUGAAUCAGGUGGCCGAACUGCAGAAAGUCAUCUCACAGCUGGGCAUUGUUAUUGUCGAUGGCAAGCCAUAUCCACCGGCGCCAUCGCCCACACAAAACGGACCGGCCCCACCGCCUCCACGACAGCCACCUAGCCCGAAUAUGGCGCCUCCAUUGCGUCCAGGCUUGCCGCCAGGCAUGACGGCGGGUCUGUCGCCCAACGGACCGCCAGGCGGUUUUGGUCCACAGAAUGGACCGCCACUCUACAGCAAUGCAGCCGCCGCUCAGCAGUUCAACAAUCUAUCCAUGAGUCGUUCGUUUCCUGGCGAUGGACCAGUACGAUUUGGAGGCAUGCCGCCUGUAGGAAUGCAGAGACAGGGUCAGCCCCAUGUUAGCUCCUCCACGCAUCCGCAGAAUAUGGACAUCAGUCUGCGUGGCCUGCUGAACAAUCAGGCAGCACAGAGUCCCACCGCGCAUCUGGGCUUCAAUGGCCCGCCCAGCUAUCCGGGCGGACCGCAAGGCGCACCGUCCCCCGCUCAUCAGCAGUUGGGUCCACAGAUGCGUCCACAUUUUAUGGCAGGACAGCAAAAUUUUGGCCAGGGCGGUGGUGGACCGGGCGGCGGGCCGAGAGACAACAGCAAUUUCAUGAACAGUAAUGCGCGAUUUCAGUCGCAAUAUCAGCGCAUGGCCAGCCAGCAUGCACAGCAGCAGGCAGCCGCUGCCGCCAUGGCCGGAGCGGGAGGAGGAGGCGGAGGUGGUGGGCAGAUACCAUCGCCAGGUGCAUUGCAGCGACCACCAAUGAUGCCCAACCCCAUGCAGAAUGCGUUGGGGUUUCAUGGGAGCCAGGCUGGCUAUAAUUCUGGCCCGCCGCAAGCGAGUAACGCGAUGCACAGUCUUGCCAAGUGGCAUAUACCACAAUCCGCGCAGCAAUCCAACAUUUGCCAACAGCAGGGACCCCUCUUGCCCUUUGCCAACGGACGACAGACAUCAGAAAAUUUUAAAAUCUCACUAAAAUCUCCAAAUACUCUUAAGAACAGCACACCGCCUAGUCUCAGCAUAGGCGGCGCUGCGCUUCCGGGCAAUGGCUCCUCGUCGGCGAAUAGCAUAGCUCAGUUAAAUGCCGCUGCACUGGGACUUGGUCCAGCUGUAUCCAUACUCUCCAAUGUCACAUCGACAAAUCCAAAGACACCCAGUCCCAGCACACAUGAGAAUACCAAGGAUUUUACUGAGCCCAUCGAUAAGGUGCGCGAUGACUCCAUUAAUGAUCUGAUUGCCACAAUUGCCAAGUUGGACUCGAAUGGCGUGCAAGUGCUGCCCGAAGGACGCACUAAGACCACCUCGCCGCAGGUGCACAGCUCCACAGAUCUGUCCAACACUCAGGAAGUUAAUAAUAAAAACGAACAAAAAGAUGAUCCCAACGAGGAUUGGUGUGCCGUAUGCCUGGAUGGCGGUGAAUUGAUGUGCUGCGACAAAUGCCCAAAGGUAUUCCAUCAGAAUUGUCACAUACCCGCGAUUAGCUCCUUGCCAGACGAGAGCGAGAGUUGGCAGUGUCUGCUCUGCGUUAAUCUCAAGGAGCUGACCAAAACCGAGGGCAACGAAAAGUCACAGCCCGGCGAAUUGAGCAGCGUGGAGCUAAGGAUACUGCAGCGCAUAUGCCUCGAACUCUAUUGUCAAUACGAGCAGAGUCUUAAUUUCCGCGAACCGGAAUCGCCAGCCAACUCCCAAUACUAUGAGAUUAUUUGCAACCCCAUGUCAUUGGAUGUUAUACGCACGCGACUGGAUCCUUCCAGUCCCAAUCACUACAAGGACAUUGCUGGCUUUGUGGCCGACGUGCGUCUGAUCUUCAAGAACACCUAUCUCUUCUAUCAGGAGGACUCGAAAACGUACAGCAAUGCCAAGUAUUUGGAGAACUUCUUCGAAGAGCAGCUGGCCAAAUGGUUGCCCAACUUUGGUGGCAAACUCGGCGGUAGUGGAGCGUCCACCUCAUCCAAUUCACCGAACUUAGUGGCUGCAGCUGCUGGCUCACCUGCGCCAAUGGAGAAUGGUCGCAAGAGUUGUGGCUCGGCAUCGUUGGCGGACAGUGAGGAUGGCGCAAGCUUGCCAGCGAAACGUCCGCGUCGAACGGUGCACGAAUAGAACGAGCUUUUGCCCGACGAGAAGGGCACGGAGCAGCAAUCGCAGUCAAAUGAGGAGAAGUCAGAGCAGCCAGCGCAAAAGGAGGACGAUGAACAGCAGGAGAAGAAGGAGCAGCUAGAACAAGAAUAUGCGCUGACAAACGACGAUGAGGCAAAGCCAACAAGCAAAGAGGAUGAGCAGAAGCAUGAUCUGAAUUUUCCGGAUUUUGAGCUGGAUUUGCCGCAACGACCGCGUAGUCUGGGCAGCAAUGCAAUACAAGAGAGCGCCGACUAUGUGCUCCAGCUACUGCAUGCAUAUGCCGCCGCCUUUGGCCUAUAAGCCUCUAAGCCCCCUUAAAAAUAAACCACUCGCGAAUGAACAUAUCCGUACACACUCGCAGUUACCACGUUAAUAAUGUACACACCACAUUUGUUGUAAAUGGCGCUAAAUACGAAAUACAUGGUUACAUAAUUGUAUGCAGAAAUAACUAAUAAGCAUUUAGAACAAAAACUUAACAACAACAACAAUAAGUAGCUGGUGUACAUUUAGUUUUUAAUUUCCCCCCGAAAACUGUAAAUAAGCAAAGUCAUUUGAUAUGAUUUCAUUAAAUAUGAAUGCAACGCAAGCAUAAACUCGGAUCGAAGAGAGAUACUAUGUUUUAGCUACAGACUUAAGUGUUGAAUAUACAUAUGUAAACAGAUAUACCAAGUAGAGAUUAAAUCUUAGUUGAAGUUUUGUGUGAAACCAUCCUGAGUUUCAUAAUGAUGACUUCACUGUAAAAUUCUAGAGUAUUCCCGACUCUUCUCUAACCCCCCAAAACAAACUGUUAGAGUUGUAUUUACUUUUGUGAUAGCGAUAAACAAUAAAAACAAAAACGAAAAAUAAUGAACAAAUUAUAUCCUAAUAUGUACUAUAUAUUAUAUUAUUGCAUACAAAAACUCAUUUCAAUUACUAUGUUUUAUUAUUUUCACCCUUCUCUACCCUCUAAUGCUAUGUACGAUAUUUAUUGCCCAUACAGAACGGAUAAAGUAUCUAUCAAUCCUGUCUAUAUAUUAUAAUAAUAUUCGAGCGCAUUUCUCUUUUGAUUAUACUUUAUUUUCCUUCACACACGCUCAUGCAUCAGCAUCAGACAGCAAAACAUUCGUAUACCAUAUAAGAAGACACUUGUAAUAAGUUGCAAAUUAGAGUUAUAAGUUUGGAAUGAAAGAAUUAAGCACACACACACAAUAUACAUACAUACAUAUUUAUAUAAGCAAAUAGAUCCUUUAAUGUUGUACGUUUGUCGUUUUUAGUAUAAAAAAAGAGCCGGUCAGGCAAGCAGCCAAUCAGUCUACUAGAGAACCAUCCUCAAAUUAAAACCAUAACCGUAAACUACUACACAUAAUAAUAAUAAUAAUAUAAAUACAUAUACUUAUCUAUAUGUAUAUUAUGAGUGUAAUUAUAAUAAUUUCCAAAUACAUCCAUAAAACCAGUUGAAUGCUGUGCUUAUUAUUACCUUGUUUUCAUCUCAUACGAUGUCAAAUCAAAAAAAAAGCAAGAAAUGAAAACUAAAUAGAAAUAAAACAAAAGUUCGCAAAUGAAUGCGAAUAUUUUUAUAAAUAUUUUAACAACUUAUAAACAACACAAUACAAUACAAUAUAUCCUAAACUGAACGAUCUAUGCAUACUACUAGUAGAGCAGGGAGGCUGUUCUAUCCUACUCAUGUCACACUUUGGGAAAAAAAACAAUAAAAACAAAUGAAAAUAUAAACUUGAAAUUAUAUAGAUGUAUUAUCGACUAUAUAUAUAUAUAUAUAAAUAUAUUAAAUAGAGGAACAUGAAUGUGUGCUAUCCUAUCGAAAUUACAACAGCAAAGCAAAUGAAAAUGAUAAUGAAAUACAAAUCCAUGCUUAUAACUAAGUGUGUUUAUAUGUUGAAUGCGAAACAAAAACAAAAUGAAAAAAACCAUAGAAAUUAUUUUAUCUGUUUUUAGGCCAUAAGUUUUAUGAUAAACACUUAAAAGAUAACUAAUAAAUGUACUACUUACUAUCAA